UGCAGGCAAGCAGGGGUACCCCAGUCUAGAGGAGGGCACAGCCGCACGCCACAGCUGCACAUCUGGGAAGUCUCAUCUGCUCCUGCACUGCUCUCUUUCCAUCACACUAGUGCUAGUAGCCCAGGCUGUCUCUUCCUUGCCCAGAGAGAUGCUGUGUCUCUCUCUUGCUCAGCCUGUCUGAUCCUCCCAUUAAAGACUAUUCACAGCCAGACACAUUACAACCUCUGACCUGACUACAACUUCAGUCUUUCUUUGGUAGCCAGUCUCAGCUCUCUUGUUGCCCAGAGCCAGCUCCCAAGACCCCCAGAAGCCAUGCAGCACUCACAGCCCCGGCGCUUGUGGAGCAUGGGGACGACAGCUAGCGCAGCUCAACAGGCAACCUCAGCAGCGCCCCCUAUUGAGAGUGUCCAGGGCAACAGCAGCAGCAGCAGCUCGUGUACGGAUGAUCGUCACUCCUUAAGUAUCCACUCCUUCCAGACAGUGAGCAUUCACAACAAGGCAAAGUCCAUUAUCACCAACAAGGUUGCUCCAGUGCUCAUAUCAUAUAACUGCAAGGAAGAGUUUCAAAUUCAUGAUGAUUUGCUUAAGGCGAACUACACAGCAGGGAGAAUAUCGGAUACGAUGCCAGAACACUAUCUUGUGCAGGGUAAAUAUUUUAUGGUCCGGGAUGUAUACAGCAAGCUAGAUGUAUUAAACACUACAAACACUUGUGGGGCACCCAACUUCCGCCAAGCUAAAGGAGGAUAUGGCGUGUACGGGAUGGGACAACCCAGCCUGAAUGGAUUCAAACAAGUGCUGCAGAAACUUCUCAGUGACGGACACAAGGAAUGUAUCUUCUUUUGUGUACGGGAGGAGCCUGUUUUAUUCCUGAAAAUAGAGGAAGACUUUGUGCCUUACACUCCCAGACAGAAGGAGAAUCUGCAUGAAAACUUGCACCACUUGGGGAAGGGCGUCCGUGUGGAAACUUUGGAGCUAGCUAUCCGUAAAGAGCUCCAUGACUUUUCCCAGCUAAGCAGUAAUAAUUAUUAUGUAUAUAACGACAUUGAACAUUUUAAGGACGAACCUCACUCCAUAAAAAUUCAGUGUGAAGAGGAUAUUCACGUCACGGAAGAGGUCUACAGCAGACCUGUUUUCUUGCUGCCUUCAUACAGGUAUCACCGCCUGCCACUGCCUGUGGAUGGUGCCCCGCUGGAAGUACAAUUUGAUGCCUUUGUUAAUUUUCUCAGGGAAAACCCAAAUCUCUUGCUGCUGCACGAUGCCACGCUCCCACCCCCAGCUCUGCUCUUUAGCUGCCAGACAGGAGUGGGCAGAACAAACUUAGCCAUGAUCCUGGGCACCCUAGUGUUGUAUCACCGCAGGGGAACACUGGAGCAUGACACGUCCCAGGACACCAGCACUUUGCCAAAGGAACGUUUCCAGGUCAUACAGAACUUCAUUGCUAUGGUACCAAAUGGGGAAAAAAUUGUUGCUGAGGUGGACAAAGCCAUUGAGCUAUGCUCAGAAAUGCACGAUAUGAAAGCAGCAAUAUAUGAGUGUAAGAAGAAGCUUGAGGGUAUCGGAGAAGAUUACCAAAUUCAGGGAAACAGCACCAAAGAAUAUUUCCUCCAAGCUACACUUAACAGCCUUGAGCGCUACUUUUACUUAAUAGCUUUCAACUAUUAUCUUCAUGAGCAGUAUCCACUGGCGUUUGCACUGAAUUUCAGCCGAUGGCUCUGCACACAUCCUUGGAUUUACCGACUGCACUCAAAUAUGAACCUGUCUGAGUUGACGGUUUCUGGAGAACUUAUAACCAAAGGCACCCGGUUGUUGGUGUUGGACAAGAGGUUCUCCCCAGACGUUCUGAGCACUGUGAAGGAAAUGAAUGUUGCCAACUUCAGAAGGGUCCCAAAAAUGGCUAUUUAUGGGACUGCACAGCCAAACUCUAAGGCUACCGCUUCUGUUCUCAGUUAUCUGACUGACACCAAGAGAAAUUAUUCUAACAUCCUGUGGGUCAACCUGCGAGAAGAUGUUGUGUUGGAAGGCAAUGAACAGACGUUUAGCCCACGAGAACUUGAGAACCUGGAACAACAGAUUGUGAUACCUGUAACUUCAUCAGAGCAAAUAGAGAAAUUAGAGGCCACCGUAGCGAAUCACGUGCUGACCUCACAGAAGUGGUUGGAAGUUUACUUGGAGCAGGAGAAGCAGAUGAAGAUGUUUAAAACAUGUCAAACGAUACAGGAAGUUUUCAAUCAGCAUAAAAGCUCUUACCCAGGGCUGGUGUACCGAAGGGUCCCUAUUCCAGACUUCUGUGCCCCCCGGGAGCAGGAUUUUGACAAGUUACUGGAAGCCAUGAAGACAAUAUUAGCAGACGAUGCCAAAUCAGCGUUUGUGUUUAACUGUCAUAGCGGAAAAGGGAGGACAACCACAGCAAUGGUUAUUGCCGUACUGACCCUCUGGCAUUUUAAUAGCAUCCCUGAAAUUAGCGAGGAUGAGAUUGUCAGUGUGCCAGAUGCCAAGUAUACCAAAGGGGAGUUUCAGGUUGUGAUGAAGAUUGUGCAGUUGUUGCCGGAUGGUCACAAACUAAAGAAAGAGGUGGAUAUGGCGCUGGACUGCGUGAGCGAGACAAUGACACCCAUGCAUUACCACUUGCGUGAAAUUAUCAUAUGUACCUACAGACAGAUUAAAACAGCCAAAAAUGCAAAAGAAAUGCAGUUACUCCAGCUCAGAAGUCUUCAGUACUUGGAACGCUACAUCUAUCUGAUCCUCUUUAAUGCAUAUCUGCACUUGGAGAAAAAGGAUUCUUGGCAGAGACCGUUCAGCACCUGGAUGUAUGAGGUGGCCGCCAAAGCAGGAGUUUAUGAAAUACUGAACAAUUUGGGCUUUAGCGAAUUUGAGAAACCAGAAGAUCAACCACUUUGUCGGCUGCGCUGUCGCUGGCAGCAACAAAACGCCAUUCAGCUUCCAUUCCGAGGAGAUUUUAUUUAGGGUGACUGCAAACUCUGGGACGUUUUUACUCUCUACUCCUCCAGUUGUGUUGUAGUUUGCGGAGGUAGAGAGCACUGCCUUAAAAGACUUGUUUUAUACAAAAAUAAAUAAGCGCCACUCAAGAUGUUUUAAAAAUGAUUUUGGUCACAAUAAAUACGUAAACUGCUUCAUGUAAAAAGUCUCCGCUUGAUUGCAAAAGAAAACAAUAAAGAGACACAGAUUAUUAUUUUUUUGCAUGAUUAAUAACUGUCAAAUUCAGUAUAUAGUUUUACACACGUUUGUUAUUACUGCUGCUGGGAUAAAUUAUUUCUAGUUCGGAGUCGAUAGAUUUGGUCUGCAAUCUGUGGUUGGCUGAAGCAGCCGCGCCCUUAUGUUUUUAUGCCACUCUUUUUUUAAUGUAUUAUUAACACAUGAUCUUUUUAAAUACUUGUUAAAAUGUAGGUUAUUUCCCCUUUGUGAGAAAUUACAAUAUAUAUUUCCUGUUUGUGUGUAAGAUUUAUUCUGUGUAUAAGAGGGCUAAUGUUAUUAUAAAUAUGUUAAAUCA